GACACUAGGGUGAAGUGUGUGACAACUUGCCCCGGUGUUCUAUUUCAUGCAAUAGAUGCAACCUACUUCCAAGACCCAAGUAAUCAUCCUCACAGAGCAGUAACAGAUGUAGCUACACUCGUUACCUUGCGCCCAUUUUCCGUUCACACUGGCGCUCAGCACAGACGCGUUUUCUCCUUGUGGCCAAUCCCAGCAUCAGCUGUCAAGCGGAUUACCUCAAGCCUAGAGUCGCCUAAAGCUCGUUUCGUUGGUGAGAUGGGAACAAUUUAACGCGAGCGACGUUUAGAGUGUGCCCAUAGUAACCGACAGCACCAGCAUCAUCACCAUCAUCUUGGGUUCACAGCCUUGAGGAUCCUCCAGCAUGUCGGGAGGCAAACACACAAAACGCUGAAGUAGACAGCAGCAGCAGCAGCACCACACCUUCCGCGAUAUUCCGAGCCCGGUGCACCGGAUUAGACACCGCGGAUCCGACCUCCUGGGUCCAUAAUGCCCGUUAAUCGAGCUUGACACCACCGAAAUGCUGCCGGGUUCUAUUCAGAUCACGGGAGAGGCGCUGUCCGGCGCGGAGAUCAAAGACAUAUGCGACAGUCUGAAGGAGAACAGCGUGCGGCUGCUGUCGGUGCGCGGCUGCCAGCUGUCUGACCGGGACUUCGGCCGCGUGUGUCGCGGCGUGGCGGAGUCGCACUCUCUCGCGCAGCUCAACCUCAACCUCGGCGUGGUGUCCACCAUCGGCCGGACCAAGCAGCUGGCAGAUGCUCUGAAGGCCAACAGAUCCGUCCAGACCCUCUUUCUCCACGGAAGUCCACUUUUAGAUGCAGGACUGGUCACCCUGAAUGGAGCCCUUUCCACUCACCCCUCAUUGGUGUCCUUGGAUUUGGGGGACUGCAUGCUGGGAGAUGAGGCAAUUCGCCUCAUUUGUGGCAUGCUUCCUCCGGAUGGAGCCAAAUCGGGGCUUAAAGAGCUUACACUGAGUGCUAACCCAGCCAUCAGCACGCAGGCUUGGGCUCGACUGGCCAUCGCCGUAGCUCAUAGCUCACAGUUACGGGUCCUCAACCUCGACUACAAUCCCUUAGGGGAUCACAUUGCUGGGAUGCUCGCUGUCGCUGUUGCAUCCAGUCGAACUCUUGAAGUUCUGGACUUGGAGGGAACCGGCCUCACCAAUCAGUCAGCACAGGUCUUCCUAGACAUGGUGGAGAACUACCCCACCAGCCUGCAUGUGCUGGUUCUAGCCGAGAACGACAUCAGUCCUGAGCUGCAGCAGCAGAUCUCAGAUCUCCUCUCUGAAGGCGAGGAGGAGGAGGAUAAAGAUGGAGAGGCGCGCGGACGCUCGGUGACCCCCAGGGAGAAACCCGCCUGGGUUCCCCACAGCAUAACUGGUUCUAAGAGGCUGGGGCAAAAGGGAAGUACAGAAAUUGACAUUACUCAUGCAUUAUUUAGGAGAGAUCAUUUCUACUUACGAAAUAGAAAUAUGAAUUUCUUAUAAUGGCCAAGUUGUGAAUUCUCUGUCCUGUAUAUCCUAAAGUCAUUAGACUUAGAGGUUAUUAUUAGCAAGGUUAAAUUUUAAAGGAAUAGUUCGGCUGAAAAUGAUCAUUCUAUCAUCACUCACCCUCACGUCACUCCAAACCUAAUUGACUUUCUUUUUUGUGCAAAAGAUGAAUUUUUGGAAGCAAAUCCUGACCAUUCCUUUCCAUAUAAUGAAAGAGAAUGGGGACUUGGAGGUAACAAAAAAUCACCUUAAAAGUAUCAAAGUAGUACUCCAUUUCACUAAAACCAAUGACGUCAAUGCACCAUUUUUACAGAAAGACUGUUAUACUCAAUGAUUUGAAGAAAAAUAGCCUACAUUUUUAUUUUUUUAUACGUUAAUCAUUUUUGCUACAUUCUACAGAAGUCAAAUGGAUUUCUUUUUUUUGGUACUUAUUUAUUUAUUUAUUUGUCAUUUUGGAGCUUGAUAGACCCAGUGCCCUCUCAUCUCCUUUACUGUACUUGCCUGUUCAAAAAUUUGGGCUCAAUAACAUUUUUAUUUUUAAGACAUUUAUUCAGAAAGGACACAAACAGUAAAGACUUUUAGAUUGUUAAAAACAUAUGUUUCAAAUACAUUCUGUUCUACUGAACAUUUAUUCAUCAAGGAAUCGUGAAAAAAGGCUUGCACAAAAACUAUUAAGUAGCACAACUGCUCUUAACAUUGAAAAUAAUUAGUAGCAAAUCAGCAUAUUAAAAUGAUUUCUCAUGUGACACUGUAGACUGAAAAUUCAGCUUUGAUCACAGGAAUUAAUUAGAUUUUAAAAUAUAUUAAAAUAACAAACUGUUAUUUUAAAUUAUAAUAGUAUUUCACAAUAUUACGGUAUUUUCUGUAUUUUUGAUCAAGUAUAGUGUACAUGAAGAAGAGCGGCCAGGAUAUUCUCCAAAAAUACACCGGGUUAAAGAAAGUCAUGCAGGUUUGAGGGGGAAUAAAGAUGAGAGAAUGUGAACUAUCCCUAGAAAGAACAAUCUUUAGUCGUUCAGAACUGGAAAAGCCAAAUUCCUGUCCUCUUCACACAUUUCAAACAUUUACCAAAUUGUCUCUGACCCUUCCAGACUCUUCCAGCUCCCAGAUGGUCCUGAUGACAUCAGGACUGGGUGAGAGCUUUUUGGCAGAGACAGAGAUGUGAUACUGGAGCUGCCGAUGUUUUGUGCUUGCACUGUACGACUACUGCGAGACCACCAGUUAGUGUGCAACCUCUCACGCCGCAUGACCUGUAGCACUUAGCGCAAGACAGUUCAAAGCUGGAACAAAACCUUAAACACCAAGUGACUUAUAAUACGCAAUAGUGAAUUAUUUAUUUUACAGAUGUACAGUCUAUUUAUAAAUAUACUGUAUUUAACCAAUAACAGUAUACUCUAUUAGAUGAGCUGUAUAGGGUUGAUGUGAUGGCCUGAUGCCUAAAUAAAUCAGUUUACACCUUUUUAAAUGCUCUUUGCUCUGCUUUUUUUGUUCUUCUUGUAUGUACAACAGGGAGUAACUGCUAAAAUAAAC